AUGCCCUCGCAUUUACUCCUCGCUACGCUCGCGGCCGGUGCCGCUGCCACGACCAUCCUCCGCACUGGCUGCGGCGACGUCGAUCCUGUCUGGACACCGGUCGACGACAAGAACAUCUACACCUCGCUCUCGUACGACGGCUCCACGCUCUGCGCGAUCGACACCUCCGCCAACUUUGUCUGUACAACGCCGGCGACGACGCCCGUCACCUGGUUCAACGCCUACGAGAACGUCCAGAGCGGCUAUGUCGGCGGCGAGCUCUCCGCCGUCGUCUCGGACGCCGAGUGCUACAUCUCAAGAGCGCAUGGGCCCUACGAUUCCGCCCUCCUGGACGGACCCGCCGUGGCUGUAUGGGGCGAUAAGGAGACCUUCUGCUUUACGUCAACCCGGUCUACCGGGUGCUCGACCAAUGGCAACAACGCCGUGCAGCUCGAUGGCAAGAUGGUCGACCUCGCGUUGAGUGGCAGAACGCUCUACGGCAUCGAUGCAUCCGGUGUGCUUUCCAAGGGCUCGCUUCCAACGGGUGACGUCUCGACCGCGUCGUGGGUGCCGGUUGCAGGUGCACCGACGCUCAGCGAAGUCUCGGUCGGCGGUGGUCGCGUCUGUGGUGUCACCAAGACCGACAAGACAGUUGUCUGCUCGACCGACGACGUCAACUGGACGACGCUGCCGGACGCCAAGUGGGCGCACGUCGCUGUGUUUGGCAGCACCGUGUUUGCCACGGAUAGCAGCAACAAGCUCAGCUCGUACACGUUCCAAUAGUCUCGUGCACAACUUGUCUUUAAAACACAGGAC